AUGCCCGCCGUGGUGACGCUGCCCCGCGUGGGCGGGAGCGCGCCCGGGGCGCGGCGGGGCGGCGCGUGGCACGCCCGCGACGAGAUCGCGCAGCUCCGCGCCGUCGUCGCGCGCAAGAUCCGCGGCGGCCCGCGCAGAAAUAUUCCACAGGACUUCAAUGUCGGGGACCAGCGCGAGCGGCCCCCGGCGGAGUGCCGGCGCUGCGCGCGGCUCCAGUCCGCGCCGGACCGCGCGGAACCCACGUCGGAGCCCGCGCGCGCGUCGUCGGACGGUCCGGGAGCGGACGCCGCGGCCGCGCGCCGAGGCCGCGGCGCGUCCGUCCCGGACCCGGCCGGAUCGGCCGCGGACCGGUGCCGGCGGCGCGAGCGCGCGGCGGACGACGCGCGCGGCGCCGCCGACGCCGCGCGCGCGGCGGCGGACGAGCGCGCGGCCGCCGACGCCUUCCGGGCCAAGCAGUGCGUCGGCCGCGAGCGCGCCGCCGCCGCGGACGCGGCGCACGCGCGCGCGGAGGCGCGCGAGGCGCGCGCGCGGCGCGCGGCGCGCGACGACGACCGGCGGCCCGAGACGCCCGGCCCGGCGCCGCCCGGCGGCCACCGCGCGGCCGCGGCCGACCCGGAGGCCGAGCGGCUCCGCGCGCAGCUCUUCUCGCUCGCGGACCAGCACCUCGCGGAGCUCCACGCGGAGCGCGCCGCGGGCACGACGGCGCUCAACGCGCCCGACGCGGCGCUGCCGCAGAUGCUCGCGGCCCAGGCGGACCUGAGCCGCCAGCUCGAGGGCCUGAGGGCCAAGCUCGCGGAGUCGCGCGCGACGUACGACGCCGCGCGCGCGCGGCCGCCGAGCACCGAGGCGCACCACACGCUCGCGGCGACGCAGGAGUACAUCGACACGCACCGGCCGGCGCCGCUGCCCUACUGGAAGGCCUACAUGAGCGUCGACGCGUCCCUCACCGAGGAGGAGGCGCGCCAGCUCGCCUUCGACGACGUCAAGCACAAGCGCGGCGCCGCCGCGCCCGUCUCCGCCGUCGCCGCGACGACCGCGUCCGCCGCCGCGGGGCCCGACGGCCCGGACGGCGGCGUCGGGGAGGCGAAGGAGGGCUAA